GGGCGGCCGCAGCUGGGCGGUGACCCGGAUGCAGCUGCGCGCAAGAUGGCGGCGGGGCGGGCGGUGUAGCGUCCGGCGGCAGCCUCGGCCCCGCUAUGGCGGACCUGGGCCGGCAGCUGCAGGAGUACCUCGCGCAGUCGAAAGCCGCCGCCGCCGCCGGCAGUUCCAGCGCAGCCCCUGCGUCGCCGCCUGCCAGCUGCUCGCAACAGGACACAGGGAGCGGCGCUGGCGGCCUGGGGGCCUGGCUAGGGACGCUGAACCCCUUCCCACCGGGCCGCGGCUCCCUCUCCGUGGCGGCUGGCUCGAGUUCGGGCGCGGGCUCGGGCUCAGGCUCAGGCUCAGGCUGGCCGUGGGCGACCGAGGCGGACCCUUGCUUGCCCGGACUGUCGCGCUGGCAGCGGCUGGCCGGGAGCGGGCUGUGCCUGCUCCUAGCCGCUCUGUGUUUCGGCCUCGCUGCGCUGUACGCGCCGCUGCUGCUGCUCCGCGCCCGCAAGUUCGCGCUGCUCUGGUCCCUCGGCUCGCUCUGCGCUCUGGGCGCCGCUGCCCUGCUGCGGGGGCCCGCCCGUCUGCUGCGUGAGCCCAGCCACGGCUUCCUCCUGUACCUCGGCGCCCUUGGUGGCACCCUUUACGCGGCGCUGGGGCUGCGUAGCACCCUCCUGACGGCGCUGGGCGCUGCCGUGCAGCUGGGAGCUGCUGCCACCGCGCUCCUGGCCGCCCUGCCUGGGGGUGCCUCCGGCCUGCGCCGCCUCGGCGGCCUCCUCAGCGCCGCGCUGCGCCGCCGUGGCAAAGCGCUGCCUGUGUGAUCUCUGUGCCGUUGCCGCCUCCACGGCAAAACGCUGCCGGGGUGAGUCCCACGGCGUUACCGCCGCGACAGAGAGCUGCCGGGGUGAGCCCUGCGCCACCGCGGGAGGAGCAGCCGCAGCCCGUUGGGACUCGGACAGGAGAACCGAGAGACUCACGCAGGGCACGAAGACACCUGUCCGAGACCGGGAUGAGGAUGGUGCCGUUGGACGCCGCUUCUGUUCACCUGCUCCGCGUUCCUGCUGAGUUUUCCUCGCCAGUUCUCGAUAAAGAAAAGCAGCAGCUGGCACCCGCCAACGGCACUGGUGACUCUAAACUGGUGUUGCCGUGUUGAGAUGUAACGGUGUUGGUAUCAGCUUGCCCAGCCGUCCCGAGCACGGGAUUUUGCCUUACUGCGAAGUCAGCUCGAUAGCCCCGGUCUGGAGUCUCUCCAGCACUGGGUACGAGCUGGCAGCACCCCUCUUUCCUACCUCCAGUAUAGGACCAUGUGGUUCCUGCAGCCUACUUCAAAACGAUGGUAGACUAGUGAGUUCCUGUGCUUUGGAAUUUUAACAUCAGCACCACUUGUCAGCUGUAGGCAGCUGUGGCUAAAGGUGAAAAUGACUGUUCUCCACAUACGAUAAAACAAAGCAAAAAGCCCUAGGAAUCAACUCUUAGUAUUUGAAACGGCUGAGAUUUCAGGAGGUAGCUCUGUUGCUUCAUCUGAUACACAACCCUCUUUCUAGUAACAGGAUUCUGGUUUCCGCCCUCCUUCAAAUCGUGGAAGUUCAUCUGGAGUAGGAAGUAAACCCUUCCGGCCUCCUGAGCAGUGAGAGAUGCAGUGGACAGGAGUCAGAAGAAACAUUGCAUUCAUGAAAGCACUGUUAUUUGCCUAAGAGAUGGUUUUGCUUCCUUAUCCUUGCAUUUGAGUAUGGAAGAACGUUUCACUCACCCCUAAGAGAGCCACGACCUCGUCCCCGAACACCAUGGUCCCUUCCUCUCGAGUUUUCCUCUGGAGGGUCAAAAGCAUCAUCUGGCCCAAAAUCUUCCGGGCCAGGAAAGCCAUCUCUCCCCCUUGGUCCCCGGCCCUCAUGUCUCGAGGGUCCUCCUCUUCUGAAGCUACAACAAAGAACAUGGUACAGAAGUGGUUUUUAGGCAGAAUUUAGACUGAUAAAUUUGAGUCAGCUUCAGUUUAGUAAUCAAGUCACUUCUGAUCUGUUUUACUUAAUGCUAUUAUCACACAGGUAAUCAAAUAGGACUUGUAGGUGGAGAAGUGCUCAGUUUCUGCCCUGGAGCACUUCAUUGAUUUGUAUUUACUGUUUCCCCUCAUAUUUCCUGCUGUUGAUUAUGUUGGGCAUAUUUACAUGGGGAAAGUACUGUCCUAUAUACUGUGUUCACUUAAUGAAAAGCAAAGGGAAAACCAAUCUGUGAGUGAUGACAGGUAGAAGGUAAGGCAAAGUAUUAAGUGAAUUUCCCUUAACUGUGGUGGUUUUACUUUCUUCCCCUCCAUUUUAGUGCCAAAAGUGAACUGAAGUAACACAAUUAAUACAUUCCAGCAUCUCACUCUUAUGUGAUUUGAGAUUCUUUUGCUAGAACAUUCUUUCUUGGUUCAGUUCCUACAAGUUUACAAUUUUAGCACAUAAGCUAGACAGCAUUUGGCUCUGUAAGGAGGAUGACUGUUGAACAGCAUGCACAGUGGCAUUUUACAACCUGAAGAGCAGUUUGUCCCACUGCAAUAAUGAACACUUUUGUUUUGCAAAAUGUAGUUAUGGCACUAAAGUUGACAAUUUCCUUCUAGUAAGUACCACAGCAUCUUCAGUAAUUUUAUAUGAUUUGAUUCUGCAUCUCAUCUGAAAUGAGAAUAGCUCCUCCAGUAUCACACUGGGGUUCUAGCAGAUCUUCAGAAAGAACAGUUCUUAAUGAAGUGUCAGUGCCAUUUCAGGUGGAUGGCUGCUGGUAGUUUUGGAUUUUAUGUUAACCAGUUGAUCACUCAGAGUGCUGGUAAAAGUGCAUGCAUGUUCUGGGCAUUACUGAACUCCACAAGUAGCACUAGUGCCAGCUGCCACCACUGCCUCAGUUUACAGCCCAUUUCUGUGCAGGCACAGGUGAGAUGUUUAGACGGUGCAGGCACACUGGUUUAGGAGUUCUCAAAAGUGCCAUCUCCUGCUGCUGAUACUACCCACCCUUCAGUGACAGCACAGAUAAUGCAGAGCAGCCUGUGCCCAUUCACAGUGGUAGCCCCCACCUCCCCUCUCUUCCCAGUUCCACACUGUCACCACUAUAACGUUCAGGUGGUGUUGGCUUUGUGCAGCAUCCCCUUCCCCAGCUCAUUAACGACACAGUGCAUCCUAUUACAAGCAAAACUUUAGAUACUUUUAUUUAGAAUUUUAACAACAUUAACCUUUUAAUUACAAAUUUAAAUAUUUUAACAGUAGUCAUAACACAAUACAAUAUUUUUUAAACUUUUA